AUGACUGCACCGAACGCCGCAGAACAUGCGCCCAAGAGACGAAAAACUCGGCAAGAUUCCGGAUCCGUCACAAUUGGAGGCAAAACCAUCUCAGUGGCAGGAUAUCUAACAUCUGCCCGGCCCAAACAAGUCGAAGCAAACGGCCUCAAAUCAACGCCGCAAACCCCUUCGCAAGAGCAACCUUCGAAUGUUACAUCAGAGCCACAACAAUCGACGAAAAAGCCAUCGUUCGAAGGCAGUGGAACCAAUAACAAAUCCCGAAAUCCAAGAGGAGUUAAGGAUCAUCCUUUGCUUAAAGCUCGCCGGGAAUUGCCAAUAUGGCAGCACCAAGAUGAGAUCCGAACGGUCGUGAAGCGUCUAGGCACCGACGUUAUUGUGAUAGUUGGAGAAACCGGCUCUGGUAAGAGUACCCAGGUGCCUCAGUUUCUCUAUCAAGAGUCCUGGUGCAAACGGCACAAGGUUAAGCUGCCAGGCCGGGAAGAGGAUGGAUACGUGGGAGGCAUGAUUGCUAUUACACAGCCGAGACGUGUUGCUGCCACAACUCUGGCGCAUCGUGUUUCAACCGAAGCGGGCACGCCGCUUGGCAAGGGAAGGCCAGAUGGGCUUGUCGGAUAUUCGGUUCGAUUCGACCACCAAGUGCCACGAGGUGCCAGAAUCAAGUUCUUGACUGAAGGUACUUUGCUGCAGGAGCUUCUCCGGGAUCCAUAUCUGAGACAAUAUAGCGCCGUCGUCAUUGACGAAAUCCACGAGAGAAGUCUGGACGUCGAUCUCCUUGCCGGAUUCUUGAAACAGAUAUUGUUUGGGGAUAAAACACAAAGAGGAGGCGUUCCACUCAAGGUGAUUAUCAUGAGUGCUACGGCCGAAGUGGGCGUCAUCCAGGACUUUUUCGGCAAUGCUGCUAUCCCAGGAAAGGAAAAGGCGAGCAAUGUUGAAUUGCUUCGAAUCAAAGGUCGGCAAUUUCCCGUCACGAUCCUAUACGAACCCCGGCCAGUGGCCGACCUACAAGACGCACUUUUGAAGAAGAUUUUCAAGAUUCAUGUGGAGGAGCCGCUGCCUGGAGAUAUUUUGGCCUUCCUCAAUGGCCAGGAGGAUAUUGAAUCCGCCCAGCGGCUGAUUGAGGAAUAUGCCACGAGCCUUGCAUCCAACGUCCCCAAAAUCAUCGCCGUGCCACUAUACGGACAACUCUCCAUUGAAGCACAGAGGGUGGCUUUUCUGCCAGCCAAGUCUCCUCUCACACGCAAAGUCGUGCUCGCUACCAAUAUUGCUGAGACAUCCGUCACGGUUCCCGGUGUGAGAUAUGUCGUAGAUUGCGGCAAAGCCAAGGUGAAGCAGUAUAGACCACGGCUUGGUAUGGAAUCUCUUUUGGCCAAGCCGAUAUCUAAAUCAUCCGCCGUGCAGCGCGCCGGUCGUGCAGGCCGUGAGGGACCAGGCAAAUGCUUCAGGCUCUACACGGAAGAUGCGUUUGACAGUUUAGAAGACUCAGACUUGCCAGAAAUCUUGAGAAACGAUGUUCUCGGAGCCGUUCUUACGAUGAAAGCCCGCGGCAUCCAUGACGUACUGUCUUUCCCACUGAUAGACGCACCCGAGCCCGCAGCUAUAGAAAUGGCGUUGCUUCAUUUACAUUUCCUUGGGGCUCUGGCGGACGACGGUACCAUCACGCCGGCGGGCGAAAUGAUGGCUAGAUUUCCCCUUUCAGCUCCCCUUGGAGCUGUUCUCCUCGCUGCCUCAGGUCCCGAGUUUGACUGUGUCCUGGAGGUAAUUGAUGCCAUCUCAUGUCUCACGUCAGGAGACGACAUUUUCAUGCACGUGCAGUCAGAGGAGGCUGCAGAAGAAGUAGAAUCAUACCGCAAGGAUAUCCAGAGGCGAGAAGGCGACAUUAUCACGUAUCUGACAACCAUGCAGAUGUACACUGCAGAGAACUCGGAUAGGAUGGAGUGGUGCAAAAAGCGCAAAAUCAACAUCCGAAACAUGAAGCAGGCGUUGAACAUCCGCCGACAGCUUCGAGGAAUGUGUUUGAAAGAGAAGCUUCUCUCGGAAAUGCCCGCGCCGGAUCCCCAGCCAUUCACCCCUCUGUCACCCGAGAAGGCAGAGUCAGUUAUCAAGUGCUUUCUUCGGGGCUUCGCAAUGAGGACGGCUAUGCUGGCGCCGGACGGAAGCUUUGUGACUGUCCACGGCAAGCAUGUAGUUGCCAUCCAUCCCUCUAGUGUCAUGCAUGGGCAAAAGAAAGAAGCCAUCAUGUUCCUUGAGCAUGUGUACACGAAUAAGAAUUACGCAAAGAAAGUGAGUGCGAUCCAGGCAGCAUGGAUUGCUGAGGCCUUGGGGAGGUAG